AUGGCUGAUUCUCCCUUGCCCACCAGUGUUCGGGCCGCCAACGAUGGAGUGCGCCAUAGGAACUACCGUGAACGAUUACAGAGCAAUGGAAUCAGGAUGCUCCGCGCUCAUGGAAAACCCCCUCAACCCAUUCAAGCGAUCCUUCUAGACGUGCUGCCGGUCGAGCCCAUUGCAAUUACUGGACGCGCUGAAGUUACCGCAACCAGAGGUUUGGCAAUCAGUGGUGCUGAUGAAACUCAAGUGAAGCGCUUGUUCGAGCCAAUGAUAUCGGAUCGGAUUGAUACAUCACGUCUGAAAGCCCCGAGCAACACUCCGCUUGACCCCCUACGCGUGCCCAACAGACACGGUCAACGUAGAAUUGUCACCCCCAAACCAGAUAUUUAUCUGGGAUACGACCACGAACAUUUUGAAGAUGGUGUUCAGGGCUUAUUUAAGAAUGUUGACACAAAUGUAGCCAAGCUUGCAUUCCUGAACGUGGAGCUCAAAGGCGAUGGCGAAACGAGUCUAGGUGGCCUUUGGGUAGCAACGAACCAAUGCAUGGGAGGCGCAUCAACGUUUCUCAAUAUUCUGAACAAGCUGCAGUCUACUUUGCUCGAACACCACCUUGUUGAAGAGGCGAAUGCCUUCGAGCCAGUGAUUUUUAGCAUCGCUAGCAAUGGUACCGAAGCUAGACUGUUUGCAACAUAUUCUCAAAGCGAAGGAGAUUUCACUACGUACUUUGUCAGAGGCUUUCUGCUGUACGACGCGUUAAGCAGAGCGACUCUCGACGUCUACAUUCAAUGUAUCGUUGACUGGGGCACGAACAAGCGUCUACAGACGAUCGAAUCCGCACUCCAAGCUCUCCACCAGUCCGGUGUUCGUGGUGAUAGCCCAGCUCCACCCACAAUAUCCGGCAACGAGGAAAACGAAGAUCUCGACAACAGCGAAACAAACCAGUCUUAUAUUGGAAUGUCAGCUUGUUCCAUGACUCAUUCGCACGCAGACGAGGACAUGGCGCCUGAGCCGAGACAGAGGCAGUCGAAAAAGAGAACCGCUGAAACCCAGCCAAGCCCUCCCAAACGGAGAAAACCAACGGGAGCCUAG